AUGACUAGCGAUUCCACAAAACAAAUUGUUUCAUUCUGCUAUUCUAUUACAAUCACGGUGUUAUCUUUUAAAUCAUUGACAAUUUCAAAGAUUCAGCUGUAUUUACGAGAUAGAGGAAUAGUGGCAAAUGGUUAUAAACAGAGAGAUUUGGCCAGUUUAGCUGAGGCGGUGGAAAAAUUGAAGAUUCCGUAUGAUCCCAAUUUUCUAGCAGACGACGUCGACUCUACCCUACAAGAUCGCCUGAGAAGAGCCGGUUGUAGUUUUUCAGACCCGUUUACCUUAGAAAGAUAUGUUGAAGAUUUUUCUGGUGUACCUGACUUUUCCUUGUAUGACAUUUUCAAUUAUUUGUUGUUGCACCGUUCAGAUUACGAUAAAAAGAAGUUGAAAGCUUAUAAGAGUGCAGAGGACUACCGCUUGUUUUACGAUGGACAUGUCCAGGAAAUGAAAGUCAACUACUUAAAAGAUGACAGCUCAGUUUGUGUUUUUAUUGGAAAGGUGAGGCCAACACAGAGGGCAAAGACGUUGACUGGGAAGAUGACCUACCAGUGUUGGUUUGUUGUUGAGAAGACUCUAGGUGAUGUUAAAGCAGCUUACUGUGAAUGUCCAGGAGGUGCUGAUGGAGCUUGUCGUCAUGUUGCAGCAUGCUUAUACGAGUUGGAGGCAUUUGAGAAGAAGUCUGUUACUGACGGUCCUUGCCAGUGGAAGAAACGAAAGAGGGAACACGAUGAACCAGUAGAGGUGGAACGAAUGAAGAUUAUCAAGCCAAGGAGGAUGGAAGCAUGUGUAUCAUCAGCAGACCAUGUAGUAUCCAGUUUUGAUCCUAGACAGAUGGUUGACAGAGCUGCAGAAGACGAGAAGAUAAAACAGUUUGCAAGUAAAUUAGCACAGAUAAAUCCAGAGGCAAGAGCACUAGAAUUUCUACCCCAUAAACCAGUAGAUGUGUUACCAAUGGACUUUUCAGAGGCAAUGCAGGACUUGACAAUUCCUACUAAGGCUAAGUAUUUUAAAGAUAAGUAUGUAUGUUUAAUUGAUAAUGAAGAGGAUAUAGUUGAAAAAUUUAUGGCUAGCUUAUCAUUCAGUUCAGAUGAUGUGAUGCUUAUAUCAAAGGCAACUCAGGGCCAGAGUAGCAACAAUUUAUGGUUCACUAUGAGGAAAGGUUUAAUUACUGCUUCUAACUUUCAGGCUAUAAUGAAUAAUGAGGACCCAGAUCUUAUUUGCAGCCGAAUUAUAGGUAGUGAAUCACUUUCUGCAAAGAAUAAAUUCCAGGAAAUGGCCUUAGACUGGGGUAGACGCAACGAAUCAAAAGCCAGGAACCUAUACCAAACAGCUCAUGGAUUGAAAAGGAAUAAAUGCAUAACUGAAACUGGUUUGGUGGUAAAUCCGAAGUAUCCAUGUAUAGGUUGUAGUCCAGAUGGAGUGAUCAGCUGUCUGCCAUUUGCAAAAGGUGGAAUUGCAAGAGUUGCCCCCUUCAAAGCCAAGAGAUCACUUAUGGUGAAUCCACGGUCAGCCAUAACCUCAUCGCCAAACUCCAGUUUUUCCAAGAACCCAGAUGCUUGUGUAAUCCUGCGGUCUGAAACUGCCCCUGACCACAACUUUGACAAGAAACAGAAUGAACCACUUGGUGUUAUACCUACCAGAAGUUUUAAUGUAUUAUUAUGCUUAUAACUUGACCAAGUGAUUCUCUGGGCAGAAGGUAAUGAGGGUUUUUGAACAAAAAAUUCAGUGCAAUCUAUAACUACUCUGGUUUGAGGGAAAUACUUAAAAGAUUUUGGCAUAUUUUCCUUUAUUUGGUCUUUAGUGGGCCACUUGAUAAGAAAAUCCAGUUCCUUCCGCAAAAACACAAUCCAUGUGGUAAAGAUCCUGGAAACAGUUGAAGAACUUAUACACAACAUAUCUGCUAAAACAUCUGUGUCCAAUCCCUUCCUCAGUCGUACAAGGCUCAUCAGGUACUCUUCCCAAAGUUUCAACUCCCUUAAUGCUCCCCUU